AUCAUGUCGAGUUCUUCUUUCCUUGUAGCAUUGCUUUGCGUAUCCAUUGGGAGCUUAGCUUCUGCUGCUUCGGCUGGAGAAAAGGACUCGGUUUCUAUCUUUCAAGUCACCGAUGGCAAGUUGGGAGGAUAUCCUCAGUGGGUAUCCUUCAAGAUCACAAACCUGGGACGAGACACCUUAGAAGUGAAAAACUCCUUCUUAUCAUAUGGAAAGUGGUAUAAGUACCCAAAUAAGAACAAUGAUGGCAGCGCACCAGGUGGGAUAACCAUUGCUGCAGGAGCAACCUCUCCCAACCCGCCAUUUGCUGCAUGUGGAAGGCAAGGUUCUCCAUCUGGGACUACAGGUGGAUUUGACAUCUAUACGAAGGGCUUCAAAGUUGCCACUAUACACUUUGAUUGUCCAUACACUGGCAGUAAUAAGCUGUCUGUCAGCGAUGAGUGCAAGAAUUGUGUUGUGCAGCUUCCGUCCUUUUCUACUUCCGGUGCGUUGGGAGACCUUGUACUCAAAGUGGUGGCACUAGUUUAAGCCUCCAAAAGUGAAGCGUAGCAAGCUCCAUUGCCAGUGGUCACACUGGUGUUCCUUUCAAAUAUUAUGUGGUGGAAUUAAAUGCUA